CAAGCCCCAUUUACCACUACAGCGUGCAGUUAGCAAGCUAAUGAUGGCUACACCCCGAAAAUGUGUCUUCGCUGGAUGCCUCAAUUUACAGAACAACUUGGUGACAUUUUUAUAAGCUAACAAAAAAUGAGGAAAUAAAAAAGCAAUGGAUUGACUUCUUGAAGACACGCAGAUGGCGACCACCCGACUCUACAGUACGACGGAUAGUUUUGUAAACUUUCACCAGACACAACAUGGCUUCGUGGGUAACUUGAUACGAGUGAAUGGGGCAGUGCCGACUGUUUGACUACCCGUGCUUCCUCCUACCGUCCCGCUGUCGUCGGGUGCCGUGUUCAGCUGUGACAUUACGUCAUCAACAAUGAGGACUACCUCUGUAGUGAUCAUGGAGCGGGCUUCCAUUAAACAGAACCAGAUGUGUGGACUAUGGGAGAUGAAGGAGAGGCUCGGGAUGGGAGGCUUUGGGCACGUCUACCUGUAUCAGAAUCUUAAGUCGGGGAAGAAGUUAGCUGUGAAAAUCUGCCGUCUCGAACUGAGCUCCAAGAACAAGGAACGCUGGGGCAGAGAAAUCCAGAUCAUGAAGAAGUUGAACCAUGUGAAUGUUGUUCAGGCCAGCGAAGUUCCACAGGAAUUGAGCUUGAUUGCUCUGAAUAACCUACCGCUGCUGGCAAUGGAGUACUGCUCUAGAGGAGACCUACGCAAAGUUCUAAGUAAACCAGAAAAUUGUUGUGGGCUGAAGGAGAGUGAAGUGCUCGCCCUGCUCCGUGACAUCGGAAGUGGUAUCCAGUACCUUCAUGAAAAUAAGAUAAUACACAGAGAUCUAAAGCCAGAGAAUAUAGUUCUGCAAGAAAUCAGUGGCGAGCUGAUCCAUAAAAUUAUAGAUCUUGGUUAUGCAAAAGAUCUUGACCAAGGCAGUGUCUGUACGUCAUUUGUCGGAACUCUCCAAUAUCUCGCUCCAGAGCUGUUUGAAAGUAAACCUUACACAGUAACUGUGGACUAUUGGAGUUUUGGAACAGUGAUCUUUGAAUGCACGUGUGGUUUUCGCCCAUUUCUACACCACAUGCAGCCCGUACAGUGGACAAGCCAAGUUAAAAACAAAGGUGCCAAGGAUAUCAUGGCAGUGGAGGACAUGAAUGGAGAAGUUCGAUUCUCAGCACAUCUUCCAUAUCCCAACAACCUCAGCAGGCCGUUGCUGCAGCCAGUAGAGAAUUUGCUGCAGAUGCUGUUACUGUGGGACCCAGUAGCCCGUGGUGGAGGGUUGGAUCCUGUUACGUCUAAGCCAAACUGUUACAGAGUUCUCCAGAAUAUUCUCAACAUGAAGGUUAUCCAUGUGUUGGACAUGACGUCAGCCCAGCUGCACUCUUUGGUCUUGGAGGCCGAAGAGAGCUUACACUCCUUGCAGAUUCGUUUGGAGACGCACACACAGACACACGUCUCCCCACUGAAUCAAGAACUGCUGUGGGAGACGGGAAUCUCCCUCGACCCACGCAGAUCUCCUGCGCACUGUCUACAAGGUGGUUUGAGAGGCUGGGACACUUCCAUCGUCUUCCUGUUUGAUAAGAGCCAAUCCAAGUACUCAGGUCCCCUCACUGCCAGACCCCUGCCGAACAGUGUCAACUUUAUAGUCAGGGAGACGAAUACACAGCUCCCACUGGCUGCAUUGAGGAAGGUAUGGGGAGAAGCAAUCAGCUACAUUUGUGGACUAAAAGAGGACUACGCCCGCCUGUACCAGGGACAAAGGGCUGCUAUGCUGAGUCUGCUGCGUUACAACACCAACUUAACACGCUGCAAGAACCAGCUCUUCUCACAGUCACAGCAGCUGCAAGCCAAGCUGGCUUUCUUUAAAACCAGCAUCCAGCACGACUUGGAGCAAUACACCAAGCAGAGACACACAGGCAUCUCUUCAGAAAAGAUGCUUAGGACGUGGCAUGAAAAUGAGGCAAAAGCAGAUGGCUUUGCAAAAGUUGCUGAUGUGGGAUAUCUGGAUGAAGAGAUAGUUGCACUUCAUUCUGAAAUAGUGGAAUUGCAGCGGAGUCCGUUUUUGAGGAGACAAGGAGACUUAAUGGAACAGCUUGAGGCAAAAGCUAUUGAACUCUACAAGCAACUAAAAGCUAAAUGCAAAAGCCCCGACCCACCGCAUGGUUACAGUGACAGUUCGGGCAUGGUGAAGGCCAUACUACAAAUGGUUCAGAACCAAGACCGUGUGCUGAAAGACUUGUACACUGCCCUUGGUACAAUUCUGAUGUGUAAGCAACGCAUCGUUGAUUUGUUCCCAAAGCUGGAGAAGGCAGUGGAGAGCAUACAGAUGGCAGAGGCAGCCGUAAUGCAGAUGCAAACAAAGCGGCAGAAAGAGUUUUGGUAUCUUCUUAAGAUUGCCUGUUCCCAGAACAAUUCACAGAUUUGUGUUCAGCCAUCCAGUGAUAGUGAAACUGUUCCUCAAUUAUUGGACGACAACCAGCUUUAUCUAAGUAAGCUCACAUCUUUGCUGCAAGAUGUCAACCAUGAGAGGGAGCAAACUAUCAUGGAUCAAGACUGGAGUUGGAUCUCUAAUGGCGCAGCGAAACACAACCAAAAGGCCUCAAACUACCAAACAUCUCAAUGAGUCAAAGACCCGUUAUUCGUGCCUUUCUUGUAUGCUGCCUGGAAGGUUUUCAUUAUUUUUGUAUUUUUGCCUUAGACAGAAUGAC